AUGGGAGAUAUUCUGGCUUCUGAGGCAGAAUUGCUUGGGCUGGUGAAAGAGUACUUGGACUUUGCCGAGUUUGAGGACACCGUGAAGGCCUUUUUAAAGGAGUGCCGCAGUAAGGGGAAGCCGCUGUCCAAGACUCCCAGCGGCUCCCUGAGAGACUCCAAAACGCUGCUCAUCCAGAAGGAUCUGCUGACGGCCUUCGAGAGCGGCGCCCAGAAGGCCUUCUUCGAGCUGUGGGAGGAGCAAGUGCCGGCCGACACGCGCGCGGCAGACACGCUGGCGCAGAAGCUGGAGUUCUACCUCCACAUCCACUUCGCCAUCUUCCCCCUGAAGCACAGCUCGGGAAAGGCUGACAAGGCGGAGUUCGACGACAGGAUUUCUUACUUCAAAGCCUACUUGGAGACCAAAGGAGCGGCGCUGAGCCAGACCACCGAGUUCCUUCCAUUCUACGCCCUCCCCUUCGUCCCCAACCCCGCGGCGCAUCCUUCCUUCAAGGAGCUCUUCCAGGAUUCCUGGAUUCCCGAGUUAAAGACGAGGCUGGAAACCUUCCUGGCCUCGACUCUCAAAGCCAGCAACACCCCGAGGCUCUUCACCCUCUACAAGGAGAGCGGGCAGAACAGCAAAGAGAUGCUGCAGCAGCUGCAUCAGCAGCUCGUGGAGGCCGAGCGAAGGACCAUGACGUACCUGAAGCGCCACAACAAGAUCCAGGCUGACUACCACAACCUCAUCGGCGUCACGGCCGAGUUAGUGGAUUCCCUGGAGGCCACCGUGAAUGGCAAGAUGAUCACCCCGGAGUAUCUGCAGAGCGUCUGUGUCCGUCUCUUCAGCAACCAGAUGAGGCAGAGCCUGGCCCACAGCAUCGACUUCACCAGACCAGGAACGGCCUCCACCAUGUUGAGGGCCUCCCUGGCGCCCGCGAAGCUGAAGGAAGUCCCGCUGCUGCCCUCCCUGGACUACGAGAAGCUCAAGAAGGACCUGACCUUCGGCAGUGACCGGCUGAAGGCCUUCCUGCUGCAGGCGCUGCGCUGGCGUCUGACCACGUCUCAUCCCGGAGAGCAGAGGGAGACGGUGCUGCAGGCCUACAUCAGCAACGACCUGCUGGACUGUCAGAGCCACCGCCAGAGGAAUGUGCUCCAGCUGCUGCAUUCCAAGAGUGACGUGGUCCGACAGUACAUGGCACGGCUCAUCAACGCCUUUGCAUCGCUUGCAGAAGGUCGACUCUACCUCUCCCAGAACACCAAGCUGCUAAGGAUGCUGGAAGAGAGGCUGAAAGAGGAGGACCAGGACCUGCUCACCCGCGAGAACGUGCUCGGCGCCUUGCAGAAAUUCAGCCUCAGGCGCGGGCUGCAGUCCACCAUGAUCCAGGAUGGCCUCAUCUUCUGGCUCAUCGACGUCCUCAAGGACCCCGACUGCCUGUCCGACUACACGCUCGAGUACUCCGUGGCCCUGCUGAUGAACCUCUGCCUGCGCAGCGCAGGGAAGAACAUGUGCGCCAAGGUGGCCAGUCUGGUGCUCAAAGUCCUCUCAGACCUGCUCGGCCACGAGAACCACGAGAUCCAGCCCUACGUGAAUGGCGCCUUGUACAGCAUCCUUUCCAUACCAUCCAUCCGGGAGGAAGCAAGGGCGAUGGGGAUGGAGGAGAUCCUGCGCUGCUUCAUCAAGGAGGGCAACGCCGAGAUGAUCCGCCAGAUCGAAUUCAUCAUCAAACAGCUUAACUCAGAGGACCCCCUGGACGUGCUCCUGGAGUCCGACGAUGACGAGGAGGAAGAAGAGGAGGAGGAGAGCUGCAGCUUCCGCCCUCGUGCUGGGGGUUCGCUCGGCCAGAUCGGGGCAGCCGGGAAGGAGGGAGCCGGCCUUGCGGGGCCCCCGGAGGGCCUGGGUCGGAGCAGGAGCCCAGCGGCCGAGGCUCCUGGAGGGGCCCGUGGGAAGGGCCGAGCCCCGACUCUGGCUGUCCCCCUCCACGCUGGGCUCCUGGCUCAGGCCUCGGCCGGGCACCCGCUGCCCACGGCCGGCCUCUGGCUCGGAGCCCCUGCAGGCCCCGGAGCUGGUGAGAGCGAGCCCAGCCGCUGCCUUUUCCGCUCCGUUUCUAUGGCGACAGACGUCCCCCCAAACACGGGAGGCUUCUGGAGGCCGCAGAGCACCUUGUUUGUGCCGCAUCGUCUCCAUGGAGACCGAGCGGAGAGCCCGGCAGCGGCCCCUGGGAGGAGCCCUCCGGUGGACCCCGUGCAGAGGCCGGAGGAGCAGGAGGAGGCUAAUAAAGCGGCCCUUUGUCUGGCCCUCCUCUCGCCCGGCCUCUGCGAGCCCCUCCUUGAUCCCCGGCAAUCCGGCCCUGAGGAGGCCGAGGAGGCCCGCAGCGAGCACCCCCCCCGGGGCCCUCCCCAAAAUCGGGGCCACUCUUCAGGGAUGCCCCUCAUCUGCCCUCCUAGACAUAACUUCAUCCUGAAUGCCAGUCUAGGCCUCGCCCUGCGCCGUCUGUGUGUGAUGAUGCAGGAUCCAUGUCGAGGAGUCCUAGGCUCGCCCUCUUUUCCGCUGACCGUGCCCCAACCCUGUGAACGUGGCAGGAAAGCCCUGGCCCUCUCCUGCCCAGCCUUCCCCGGCCUCCUGCGAGGAGAGGUUGCCCGAGUCUUCUGGAAGCUGGCACCGGCCUGGCACAAGAUCAUUGCCGGAACCCCCCGGAGCCCAGGCCACAGUGCCAACGGGACGUGUCCCCCGGCAGCCACGGCUUGGGUCAGUCGAUCCCCCACAAACAUCCCCUUGUUUCCGGGGCUCCCUGGGGCCGCCUCCUUGCUGCUCGGGCCUCCCCCCGACAUCACCUGCCACGUGCCUGGCUACACGCAGCCUGGCCCCCCCCCCAUCAGACGGGGAGCUCCCCGAGGGCAGGAGCUGCACUUCGUCUUGGUCUCCCCAGUGUCCGGCGCUUAA